AUGCACGAAGUUACAGUGCCAGAGCAGUUACUCGAGCCAGUACGUGUUUCACAGUGCUCUUUCGCAAAUGAAGAAAAACAACCCAAACCGAAAGUUCUCUUUAACGAGCUCUAAGAAAUUCGACAUAAAUCUAGUGACUACCCUCAUAGAGUUGCAAAAUAUCCAGAAAACAGAAAUCGAAACAGAUACAGAGAUGUUAGUCCGUAUGAUCAUAGUCGUGUAAAACUGCAGAACACCGAGAAUGACUAUAUCAAUGCCAGCCUAGUGGUCAUAGAAGAAGCUCAGAGAUACUAUAUUUUAACACAGGGUCCACUACCUAAUACAUGUUGUCAUUUUUGGCUAAUGGUGUGGCAACAACAAACCAAAGCGGUUGUCAUGCUGAACAGAAUUGUUGAAAAAGAAUCGGUGAAGUGUGCACAAUACUGGCCAACAAAAGAAGAGGAGGUUAUGACAUUCAGUGAAACAGGUUUCCGUGUGAGGCUAGUAUCUGAGGACGUCAAAUCCUAUUACACAGUACAUCUACUGCAAUUAGAAAAUAUCAAUAGUGGUGAGUCCAGGAUGAUCUUUCAUUUUCAUUAUACUACGUGGCCAGAUUUUGGAGUUCCUGAAUCCCCAGCUUCAUUCCUGAACUUCCUGUUUAAAGUCAGAGAGUCUGGUUCACUAAGUCCUGAACACGGACCUGCAGUAGUUCACUGCAGUGCGGGGAUAGGACGUUCCGGCACGUUUUCAUUAGUAGAUACUUGUCUUGUUCUGAUGGAGAAAAAAGACCCAUUUUCGGUAGAUAUUAAGAAGGUAUUGCUGGAUAUGAGAAAAUAUCGAAUGGGACUUAUUCAGACUCCUGAUCAACUAAGAUUUUCAUAUAUGGCUGUAAUAGAAGGAACAAAAUUUAUAAUGGGGGAUUCAACUAUACAGAAACGGUGGAAGGAGCUCUCCAAGGAGGACCAAGCACCAAGUUCUGAGCAGUCUCCUCCACACCCAACCAAAAUAACCACAGAGAAGUACAAUGGGAACAGCAUAGGCCUGGAGAAUAGAGAUCAAAUGGAGAAAAUAAAUACUGACCUGUCCCCUAAAGUUCAAGAUAUUACAGAUGGAAACAUUGAAAGUACUGUCCGAAAACGACUGCGAGAGGAUAGAAAAGCUAACACAGCACAGAAGCUGCAGCAGAUGAAGCAGAAGCUAAAUGAGACUGAAAGAAAAAGAAAAAGGCCGAGACUGACUGACACCUAAGCCUUCAAGACUUGCGAAUAUUCUGCAGCUAUAAACUGCAAAUUAUUGCCAUGCAAAGCGAGACAUGAACCCCUCUUCGGGAGCAAAAAGUGAGGUCUGUUAAGUACCAAGAAGACCUCAGUUAUCUGUUUACAGCGUAAACUGCAUCGAGGGGAUGAAGACCACCAGCAGCGUGCUACUUUGCAAAACAAAAUAAUUUGCCAUCUUGUGUUUUUAUAAUGCCUGUAUUAAUGUAGAAAGAUGUAAAAGAAAUAAAUUAGGAAAUAUUUUGUUUUGUACUGCCAUUCUUACUGUAUUUUUAUACUUUUUGGCAGCAUUAAAUAUUUUUUUAAAUUGA